GGGCCAACGGGGAGCGGGACGCUACAUAAUUCGCCGCAGCUUUGCAGGGAAGACAGCGACCCAGCGCCGGAUUAGGCAGCAGCGAGGAGCAAAGAUUUGAUUCCCGCCUCAAGACGGGCGAGCCGCUCAGAGUGGAUGAAGCUGCAGCGCGGGGAGCAUCGGCCUCGCCCGUCCAGUUUGGGGGGGGAGGGAGCCGAAAUCGCCGUCUGGAAUCCAAGGAACUUUGUUUCCCGGAGAGAUUUGAAUCCUUGGCUGUGAGCGGGCGGGAGAGAGAAGGCCCCGGGGGUGGCGGCGGGGGGGCACGUUGGGAAGGUCUGUGGCGCCGGGGGACGAUGCUCAAGCUGAGCCGGAAAACGCGCUCGCUGCUGGCUCUGGCCUUGAACUCGCUGGCCCUCUGCUUCGCCGUGUCGGCCUUCGCCACCAGCUACUGGUGCGAGGGGACGCACAAGGUGGUCAAGCCGCCCUGCCUGUCGGCCAUCAGGCAGGGCAACUGCGUGCCCGUCGGGGCCAACGAGACGGAGGCCGGGAACGCCACCCUGGACCCCAACGUGGUGCAGUACAUCUGGGAGACGGGCGAGGACAAGUACGCCUUCCGCUACUUCCACACCGGCUUCUGGCUGUCCUGCGAGGAGCACCACGGAGCCGAGAUCUGUCGCAGUUUCAUAGAGCUGCCCCCCGAGUCGGAGAAAGGGGUGCUGUGGCUGUCGGUGGCCUCGGAGUUCCUGUACAUCGUCCUGCUCAGCGUCGGCUUCGUGCUCAUGGGCCUGGACGCCACCUGCUACGCGGACUUCAUCGCAGGGCUCAAGAUCAACGCCUUCGCCGCGGUGAUCACCGUCCUGUCGGGCCUCCUGGGUAUGGUGGCCCACAUGAUGUACAUGACCGUCUUCCAGGUGGCCGUCAACCUGGGGCCCAAGGACUGGAGACCCCAGACCUGGUUCUACGGCUGGUCCUUCGGCAUGGCCUGGCUCUCGUUCACGCUCUGCAUGUCGGCCUCGGUGCUGACCCUCAACACCUACACCAAGACGCUGCUGGAGUUCCAGUACCGCCGGCGGAUCUGCGAGCAGCAGAGCCAGCGGGGGCCGCGCUCCCCCGGCCUGGCGCCCGACCUCGAGCGCUUCCUGUGGGACAAGUACGUCUUCAGCGUCAGCGACUCGCUGGACUUCUCCCCCGGCCGCUCCCGCCCCACCGCCGGGGGGCGCAAGGGCCGCGGGGGGGGCUACGCCGGCCUGGCCGGGGGGCGCUGCGGGGAUGCCGGCGACCCAGACGAUGGCGAGCCCUGCUAG